AUGGCCGCAAUCCUCACACUAGACUACAGCCACUUCACCUCAGGCACCAAAGAGCAGCGUCAAAAGUUCAUCCAGCAACUUCUGGAGAGUUUUACGACCACGGGGUUUGUUAAGAUCAUCAACCAUGGCUUCGAUGAACAGCAAUUGAAAGAAGUGUUUGGAUGGACCCAAACGUUCUUCGCCCAACCACUUGAGGUGAAGAACGAAAUCCAGAACAACACAAACCCUCAUCGCGGAUACACAGCGUACGGAGUCGAGGCUGUCGCGCAGCUUUCUCAGGAUGAGAAGAUCCGGGCUAUGAAGGACUCGAAGGAGCACUUUGAUCAAGGUCCUAGAUACGAUAAAGAGUAUCCAAAUCAAUGGCCCAAAGAACUACCAGGAUUCCAAGCGUUCAUGGAUGCCUUCUACGAGAAAUGCGACAAAGUUUGCCUGGAGCUCAUCGACGCCCUAGAAGUCGGCUUAGGCAUUGAUGACAAGUCCAUCACGAAACGCUGCAUACCCAGCGCGACAGACCUCAGACUGACUCAUUACCCUCCGAUUCCCGUAGAAGAGUUGAAGUCUGGGAGGCGGAUCCGCAUCGCUCCUCACGUAGACUUUGGUGUCAUCUCGCUGCUGUUCCAAGACGGUGUUGGAGGACUGGAAGCCGAAGACCGAACUAGUCCUGAAGCUGACUCCUUCCUUCCCAUCAUGCCGUCCGACAACACGGAAAUGAUAGUUAAUCUUGGUGCUACGAUGCAACGUUGGACCAAUGAUAAGCUUUUCGGUGGUCUGCACAGAGUUACCGUUCCGCCAUCAAUGAAAGACAGUAGCGACUCCAUCAUUCCAGCAAGGCUGUCAGUGGCGUAUCUAUUCAAGGCGGAACGUAGUGUCUCGGUUGGUCCCCUGCCAGCGUUUGUGAGCGAGAAGGAGCCCGCACAUUACCCUGAGAUGAAUGCUCUUGAGUACCACCAAUGGCGCAACAAUGCCAUAUACUAG